AUGUGGCUCAGCACACUACCCUUCUUCUUUGCCAUUGCGUCUGCGAGGGGACCAGAGACAAAUCCUCUGUCCCCCCGGAACCCUGCAAUGGACCCUGAAGAUUUUUCGUGGAUCACGAAUUGGGCUGCUGUUGGAGACAGUUUCACUGCUGGCAUCGGGUCAGGGAAUGUAUACAGCUCUCGUAAAGCGGACAAAGCCUGUUCACGAUACGAUUACUCCUAUCCUUCCAUUAUGAAUCAGUUCUUCGGUAGUUCAGUGGAUACAUUCACUUACUCGGCAUGCUCGGGAGCCACCUCCAUAGACAUUGCGGCUCAGAUCGACGACUUAUCAAAAGGGUUGGACCUGGCGGUAAUGACAGCCGGGGGGAAUGACCUUUGCUUGGUGAGUCAAGAGAAACAUUUGUAUAAUGACAAUGAAGCUGAUCCUUUUAAGACGAGUAUUAUCACUACUUGUAUCUUGAACUCAGUGACGAGCGAGUCUUCCUGCCAAAAGGCCAUAUCGGCAGCUCAGAGUGCAAUUGACAGCAUUUUAGAGGGCAACAUUGUUUCCCUCUUGGGCUCCCUAGACGCGAAGAUGGACGCCCAGGGAACAAUUGUUUUGUCAUCAUAUGCGCCUUAUUUCAACAACCAGACGGACGAUUGCACCAACAAUGAGGACUGGGUUUUCCCUGGACAGGCAGGAAGCACCAGCUUGCUUUUGACCAAGGCGCAUCGAACUAGCUUCAACACCUUGGUGGCUAAUACCAAUGCUAAGCUGAAGUCGGCUGUUGACAAGGCCGCAAAAGAUGCCAGUUCAACAAUUGUAUUCGCAGAUUGGAGUGCCUGGGGCGAAGCAACAAAUGGCCGAUUCUGCGAAUCGGGCUCCUCCCCUGACCCUGACGACUCAAGUAACGAGAAUGCACUCUUCUUCAAGCUACCGACAAACAAGGUUUUCAAUCCUGGUCUUGUCUACCGUGGUUUUGAAUUGGAUUCGGUCUCUCAAAUGGAGCUCACGUCUAAUCUCACUCUCCACAAAGCGGCGAAUGAACCAGAUGGUUCUCAGCUAUUGGACUCGAUCGCUUUAUCUCUAGAUAAAAGAGAUGGUCCUACAGCCGGACUCUGCACGAAAUCGGUUGUUUCAAACCUACUCCCCGACGGUAUUGGGAAGAUCUUCCAUCCUUCAAACCUGGGCCAUGAGGCAAUUGCCUCUUAUGUCACAUGGGCGAUUGCCAAUGCUCAAGCCAAGAAGAUGGACACAACCACUCCCGCCUGCAACAUUGUCGACGAAUUAAAAUGUCACCAAGACUCAGGAUCCAAGAGUUAUGCGAGUGCCUACUCGCUGUACAUGCAUACUGCAGACUUCUGCAAAGAUGCCAUACAAGAUCUGAGCGAGCAAGGAAGUGGCUCGUUGUUCAGUAAUGAGUACAACAAGGGCACUUUGGAUGAUGUGGUUUUCACCGUUACAAAAGACGCCGGCGCAGUGGAUCUUUCAGAGAAAGCUUGCAACCUAGCUGUCAAUCGUAUCCUGGAUGGAUGCGACGGCAACGACGAUAGCAACCCAAUGAACUGGAAAUUCGGGGGCAGCUACAUCAAUGGGGCUUAUACAUACAACAUUGCGCCAGUUCGAACAAAUCGACCCUUCCCUGUGCCUAAAGAGCCGUCGGCAAAAUGCACGGGUGUUGGCUACGGCUUUUGGACGCGUUAUAAUAUCCGCGGCGCGGGCUGGGCUACGUGGGACAAGGGCCGGAAGUCAUUGCUGCCAAAUAGUACCCAUUGUUUUGGACUUGGGUUGACGGGUUGGUGGUUUGAAUACUUUGAUGAGCCAGACUCGAAUGGAUACGAAUGGCUGGCGAAGUUUAAUUCUCCUAUUGCGACGGAGGCGAGAUGUUAUUCAAAUAACAAAGUCCAAAAAGCAGCCGGUGGCCCGUCAAAUGAUGGAUGCCACUAA